UCUCCCAAAAAUAUUUUUAUUUUAAAUAUAAAUAAUAUUUACCACCAUUACUACUUACUGAAAGGCACUACCUGCUGGUAUAGUGUUUUUCACAAAUUCCUGAACUUGAAAGACUACUUCAGCAUCAACUUUGGCAACAUGGACGCGGUGGAGGCGGUUAGUGGAACACUGGCUGAGAUGAGAGCAGAGUUUAAAGAACGAAUGUCAAGAUUCGAGGCUGGGCACUGCAGUACGCCAUCCAAGCUUGCAUCUGGCGGCACCUCAGGUCUGGCACAAGACUAUUGGGCCUUCAAAAGGUUCAUUUUUGAUGCACUUGAUUGCCUGCAGCGGCAGAUGGAAUUCUUUGUCCGGGACAUGGAUGCGCUGGAGAUGCGAGGACGCAGAAAGAUGCUGCUGAUCCACGGAGUCCCUGAGAAUAAGAACGAAAACACUUCACUGGUGGUUGCUAGUGUGGUACAGGAAAAGCUCGGUAUGGGGAACUUCGGUACCUCUGAUGUCCGUAGAUGUCGCCGGGUGGGCAGCUUCGCCAAUAAAGCAAAGCCCAGACCCAUAUUGGUGAAGAUACAGGACGUGGAUACCCGAGACAAGAUGUGGUAUAACAAGGCCAAGCUCAAGGGUACGGGUAUCACAAUAUCAGAGUUCCUGACGAAGACACGACACCAGGUCUUCAUGGCGGCGCGGGAUAAGUUCGGUGUGGCGAACUGCUGGACUAAGCGAGGCCACAUCUACGUUUUGGGACCGGAUGGCAUCAGACACCGCAUACUGAGUCUCGGCGAGUUGCGUGCGAUCGGCGAGUCUGCAGCAGUCACCGAGCAGUCUCCUGCAGCAGUCCCCGAGCGAUCUCCUGCGGCUGUGGCACGGAGGGGGAAGCGCGGUGCCAAUAAAAAGUGACUCCAUUGAUCCUGCUUCGUUCGGGUAACAACUAACAAAUCCAUUUUUAUUUCCUUUGUAGCAACAAUUCCAAUACCCUCACGAUAUAUUUAUUCUUACUUAAUGUAUUUAUUUCGUAUCUACCCCUCAUAACGUAUACA